AUGGAAGGUGUUGCUGCAUUCGCGCUGGCCUGUAAUGUUGUACAAGUAGUUGAGCUUUCGAUCGAAGUCGCCGGUAUUAUUCAGCAAACGUACUCCCGAGGCAGAUCGGACGACAAUGCUACCACGCAAGAUAUAUCAGAAAGGCUCAAUACCCUAUCUCAGACCUUGAAUCAGUCCCUCACAGCUGAUGCUCGUCACGGCUCGCCGACAAUCGCUGAGUUGCAGCUACAACAGAUAGCUCCGGAAUGUUCAAAGAUAGCUUUGGAGCUUGGCCGGGAGCUUGACCUUUUCAAAACUAGGAGCGGGAAACGUAAUGCUCUGCGGAAGGGUAUACGUGCUAUGAUGAAGAAGGGUCACAUAGAAAAGCAGAAGGCAAAACUCCAGGAUUACGAAAGAAUAUUGAAUACCGGACUCUUAGUAAAUCUCAGAGAGCAAAAUAAUGCAGCUUUGGUGUUACAGCAAGAUGGGUUCAAAAACCUCGGGCAGACGAUGCAAACUUUUAUCAAGAAUGUGGCCGCUGGCCACUCCCGAACUGAAGACAUUCUACGAUCUGAACAUGCCCUGACAAGGCAACUUCUUGAUGAGGAAGGACGUAAGAUCGAAAGGAACCUGGGUGCCCAAAUUAACAAUCUGAGCAAGGUCCAUCUCGAUGGAGAUAGAUAUGAUAACCUUCUGAAAAGCCUGGAAUACCCUGAAAUGAACUGGAGACCUAGUCAAAUCGGGGAUGCCGGAUCCAAAACCUUUGAAUGGGUUUUUGAUGACAUUCUUCCCAAUACAUAUUACGGAAAGGAACGACCUUGGGACAGCUUUUCGAAUUGGCUCACUUCAGGUACAGGCAUCUACUGGAUCCAGGGUAAGGCGGGCUCGGGCAAAAGUACUCUGAUGAAACAUCUCUGGCAACAUGAUACAACUCGAGAAAUACUUAAGAACUGGUGUUCUACCAAGAAGCUUGUAAUUGUGUCUUUUGGAUUCUGGUUGUCUGGGAGCCCCAUGCAAAGGAGUCUAAGGGGAAUCUUGUGUUCCCUCCUGUAUCAGGUUCUGAAUGAACAUCAGGAGUCACUGCCAGGCUUUGUUGAGCCUACCUCUAAGCUAUUUAUGGGAAAGAAAAGCCCGCAAGACUGGUCUCUGAGAGAACUAUCCACUUUUCUACAGAAAACAGUUCAUCGUCUGGCAGAGACUUCAGCUUUCUGCUUCUUUCUGGAUGGUCUAGACGAACUCGACAAGAGUGAAGAUCCACGUGAGCUCUCAAGCUUGAUCAGCACUCUAAUUUCGGAAGUUAAUGUGAAAGCCUGCGUUUCUAGCCGGCCUGAGCAGUUCUACUGCGAUGAGUUUAGAGGGGCUCCAUUAUUGGAGUUACAAGAUUUGACAAAAAAAGAUAUCAUGACGUUCACAACGGAGCAGUUGUCAGAUGUACAGACAUCAGGACGGCUUGGUGACCUGGAGUCAGAUAUCCGAGAUUUGGUAAUCCAUGAGAUCGUGACAAAGGCAGCUGGGGUGUUCCUCUGGGUCCGCUUGGCUCUGCGUGAUGUUCUUCGAGGUCUUACAAUCCGGGCAAGUUGGAAGGAAUUGCUAGCACGAAUCUCGAGGCUGCCUGCAGACGUUGAACGUCUCUAUGAAGAUAUUCUCGAAAGGUAUGCUGAAGAUUGGCACUUAGUGAAGGAAGAGGCUGCCCUUUAUUUCGCGACUCUCCUUCUGGCUGAGGAGUACUCUAUUUCAGGACCCUAUCUCGAUAUUUUUGCAAUCAUUGCAAGCAAAUGGCGACAGGGAUGGUCAGACUGGAGACCAAAUUUCUUAGUUGAGGAACUCCGUAAAGUUUGUUACCACACCAUGCUCCGAAUUCAGAUCGUGUGUGGUGGAAUGCUGGAAGUCACAGAGCACGACGAAGUUGUAGAACCAGAGACAGACCCUGAUAACCCAGUGGAAUUCUCCUUUCGAGGUCGAAGAGUACUUCUCUUUCACCGCACGGUUCGUGACUUUCUCAUGGAUAAUCCAGCAGGACACGCAAUAUUAGGAUGCUCCACCAUAUCAAAAAAAGAUCUGUUCCAUGCCAUGACGGAAGCCCAUCUGUUUUUCCGAACAAUGCGUCUUUAUCACUCUAGUUGGGACGACAUCGCUAAAUUAAUCAGAAGUAUUAAUAGGUAUCAUCGCCUAAAUGGCUAUGUCUCCGAUGACGAGAUUGUCGCAAAUCUCAACCAGGUACAACAAUAUCUUCCGCAGAUUGCCCACGCCGCGCUCGCAGAACAAUUCGACCUCCCCCAUGAGAUCGACCACUCCAUUGUUCAGAGCAAUCGAUCAUGCGAGUAUCAACUUGCAACGUAUUCUUUUGGGGUGGCGUCUCCUUUUUUUUGUGCCGAAGAUCUUGUGGGCCUUACCCUUCAGAUGGGAAUCUCAGCUUACCUUGAGAACUUCCUGCGCGCCUAUUCAGAUACUCAACUCCAAAUGCCAAAAUUACACAAGCAAUACAAGGACUAUCUGCUUCUAUGCGCCUGUUAUGGCUAUGCCAUGGGGAAUUUAUACAGUACAGGUAUUAGACCAAUGGAACAAGUAAUGGUGCAGUUAUUGAACAUUGGAGCAGACCCCAACGCCAAACUCUUUCUUCAGCCUUCGCUGCCAUAUAUGACUACUCCGGGUAGCACAUUGCUUCUUACGAAGAAGCAAAGAAUGAUGACGACCAACUUCUGUGAACUAUUUUGGCAUUUCUUGGAGAAAGGAUUCCGUUUGGAAGACUCUGAGUUUUUUUAUUACACAGUCGGAUAUGAAUGCGUCCCGAUGGCAGGCUACCGAGGACUUUUUCAAAUGGGAUCACUUGUCCUCCUUUUUCAAGCAACAAGACGCCAAGGCCUUGUAAGCAGUUGGGAUGCCAUGGUGCAAAUAUGUCCAAACCUGACCUUAUUUGACCGCUGCGAAGCAGAGCCUGAUAAUUCUGAUAGGGACGUCGUUUUGGUGCGGUCCAUGUACAUUAAGGAUCACGACAUUGGGGAGAGAGCUGUCGUACCGACGUCUGACCAGUCGGAACAGCUUCUGUUAGUUGUUGACAUGCUGGAACGGCUGAAUGCCGACCAGGCAAUUGGCGACGACGCUCGUUAUGAGAAAAGAAAAAACCUUCGUUCACAGUUCGACCAAAAGUUGCAAGAAGUAGUUGAAUCGAACAAAGAAGAGGUCAACUAUGAGAAUUUCCUUGCUGAAAAGGGGCUUUCAACGGCUUGUUCCGACCCCGUAACAUUGCCCGGGCCUAUUCCCAUGUAUGAAAAUGAUUCUGAUGAUGCAAUGACAUCUGAUGGCAUCGCAAAGUAUUGUGAAGUCUGCAAGCAACAGCGCAAGGAGCUGCUAAAGUAUCGAUGGGUCGCAUACCGUGAAAUGAAAAAGAAACCUCUGAAAUUGUUAAUCUCACAAGGGUUGGAUGUGCGCGAGAACUACAUGGUUUCUUCAUGA